AUGCGUUUCUUCGAGGUUGUUCUUUCGGGCGCUGCCCUCAUCUCUGCUGCUCUCGCCGUCGAGUUCAACUCGUGGCCCGACAGCGUCACGGCUGGCGAGACCGUCACCCUGACCUACUCCCCCAAGGAUGCUGCCACCACCAUCAUCCUCCGCAAGGGCCCUUCCACCGACCUGACCACCCUCUCGACCCUUACCACCACUUCCACUGGUGGUUCCUUCGAGUGGGCUGUUCCCUCCAGCCUCGAGAACGGUGACGACUACGCUUUCGAGAUCCAGCAAGCCGGCGCUGAGCCCAACUACUCCGGCCAGUUCUCCCUGAGCGGUGGUGUUGCCUCCGCUGUCUCCUCGUCUGCCUACUCCACCGCCGAGUCCAGCUCUGCUUCUGCCUCUGCCUCGUCUUCUGCCUCCAAGACCCCGGCUUCCUCGUCUGCCUACGCCACCGGGGUUUCCACCACCGUCAAGACCUCCGUGGUCACCUCUGCCGCCUCUGCCUCUGCCUCCAUCAUCCCCAGCCACGGCGCCAACAGCACCAUCUCCACCGGCUCUCCCAGCGCUACCAAGUCCGAGUCCUCCGGCUCGGCUACUGGUAUCGUUCCUCCCGUUGAGAACACCGGCGCUGCGUCGUCUUUCGGCGUCAACGCCGCUGCCCUCUUCGGCGCCAUCGGUGCUUUUGCGUACCUCGCAUAA